AUGUACUCGCUCAUAGGGCAGUUUCCGAACUCUCUGAAAGUGACCACUGUUUUUAAAUGUUCAGCACGCUUCAACCAAAUAGAUCCAAAAGGGGGGCUGGUUAUGCGUUUCAGAAGGACAAGGAUCAAGACCAGACACGAUUUUGAGCAACUGGAUACACCGAAAAAACCUAAUUCAGCUCUACGUAAGAUAGCAAAAGUACGGUUGAGCAAUCGACAUGAUAUAUUUGCUCACAUUCCAGGCGAAGGUCAUAAUUCGCAGGAACAUUCUAUAGUCUUAGUAAGAGGAGGUAGAGUGAAAGAUUCGCCAGGUGUGAAAUCCCAUCGUAUUCGAGGAGUCAAGGAUUUGUUGGGAAUUCCGGAUCGUAGAAAGGGAAGAUCUAAAUAUGGUUGA